UUCACAGUCGUUUUAUCGUAAUUUCUCCUGCGUUUUGCUCCUUUCACCCCUCUAUUGAAACCCUGAUAAUCGUGCAAGAUAUCCAAAAAUAAAAAGCAAAUACCAAAGGGUUUUGGAUCAAGGAGAAGGCGUUGAAUUAGUGCGUCGGCGAAUCGAAGCGCGUGACUGAUCGGACGUUCUGUUGGGGCGUGAGGCGGGAAAAUUGAUUCCGAUUGGGAGGAGAGUGGGCUGUUUUGAUGGGCGAUCUCCGUGAUUGGUCGCCUGAACGAAACGGCGUCGUCGAGGAAGAGAGGUCUUCAUCGUCAUCGUCUUCAUCAUCGAAUCAAGCGGGGAUUGCACUUGAGUAUUGGAAAAAGGCUGAGGAAGCGACGGACGGGAUCAUAGCCCAGGUUCGACCAACUGUUGUUUCAGAAGACCGAAGAAAAGCGGUUAUCGAUUACGUUCAGCGAUUACUUAAGAAUUAUCUUGGUUGCGAGGUAUUUCCAUUUGGGUCAGUGCCCUUGAAGACAUAUCUUCCUGAUGGAGAUAUUGAUUUGACAGCCUUUGGUGGCCUAAACUUUGAGGAGGCUCUGGCCAAUGAUGUAUGUUCUGUCCUUGAAAGAGGAGACCAUAACAGAGCUGCAGAGUUUGUGGUGAAGGAUGUCCAAUUGAUUCGGGCUGAGGUAAAGCUUGUGAAGUGUCUAGUGCAGAAUAUUGUGGUAGACAUCUCUUUUAAUCAGUUAGGGGGGCUAUGUACCUUGUGCUUUCUUGAGCAGGUUGACCGUCUUAUUGGAAAAGAUCAUCUAUUUAAACGCAGUAUUAUACUAAUAAAAGCUUGGUGCUACUAUGAGAGUCGUAUUCUUGGGGCUCAUCAUGGCUUGAUUUCUACCUAUGCUCUGGAGACUUUGGUGCUGUACAUUUUCCAUCUUUUCCACUCAUCACUAGAUGGUCCUUUAGCGGUUUUAUAUAAAUUUUUGGAUUACUUCAGCAAAUUUGAUUGGGAAAACUACUGCAUCAGUUUGAAUGGUCCAAUCCAUAUAUCAUCCCUGCCAGAUUUUGUGGUUGAGACACCUGAAAAUGGUGGGGGAGAUUUACUUCUUAGCGAUGAUUUUCUGAAGGAAUGUGUGGAAAUGUUCUCAGUUCCACCAAGAGGAUUCGAGACUAAUUCACGCACAUUUCCACAAAAACAUCUAAAUAUAGUAGAUCCUUUAAGAGAAAACAACAAUCUUGGUCGUAGUGUGAGCAAAGGGAACUUUUUUCGUAUAAGAAGUGCUUUCACUUAUGGGGCUCGGAAGUUAGGGCGCAUUCUUACCCAGGCAGAAGAAAGCAUAGCAGAAGAACUUCAUAAGUUUUUCUCAAACACUCUGGAUAGGCAUGGAAGUGGACAGAGGCCUGAUGCUCAAGAUCCUGCCCCGUUGUCCAGAUUCUGUGGAUUUGGUGCUACAUCAUCAGUUUCAGGUGCGGACUCAGUUCAAGACCAAACCUUCUAUGAAUCAGAAUCUUCAAAUUCAAGUGCCAUGAUUGGGAAUUACCUAUCUGAUAAUGAGGGAUCAUUGAACGAAGUCAGUAAUGGUAAUGUUUCUUUGGCGGAAACAAAUUUAAAUAGAACCUGUAAUGAAUUGCAAGGUUCUAGAAAUUCUACAAGUGUUUCAGGAAUCAAACCGUCUAAUGACGCUGAAGACCUGGCAACCUCCAUUAUUCAAGGUCUUGCGAUUUCAAAUGAUGCAAAGAAACCUUGCUCUCCAAAUGCAGAGGGCAGUGUUUCUUCAUCGGAUAAUGUAUGGCAUGCACCUCAUCUCUAUUUUUCUAGCUCAUCUCUGGAUAAUGGAGAUAUAAGAAAUGGAAAUGAAGAAAGCAAACAGCCAGAAAGUUCUAGCUUUUCUGAAAAGAACAUGACUUCCGGUAUUCUUCCGGCAACUGGUGAGAUAGGCACUAAUGUACAUGGUGAUCUCAUUGAGAAGCAGUUGGUUAAUAGUCAAGGGGUUCAGUCCCCUGUUGGAUUAAAGCACCAUCCUUUGAUUUCAAACUCUGCUUGGUCAUCUGAGGAUCUAUAUCCUGCAUAUUCUGGUUAUCCAACUUCCUUUAUUGCUGCUGGAAUUCAGGAAGCUUUGAGCUCGUUGUCAGAUCUCUGUGGGGAUUAUGAUUCUCACUUUCAGAGUUUGAAUUAUGGUCGCUGGUUCUAUGGCUACGUCUUAAGUGCAUCUGUUCCUCCAAUUUCCUCACCUUUGGUUUCCCAGUUCCAGGGCAAAAAUUCAUGGGAUGUAGUACGGAAGUCUGUGCAGUGGAAAAAUGCAAUUUCCCCAAUGAACACUAAUGGUGUUGUUGCAGGGCAAGCCUACUACCCCGUGAACCCUCCAAUGCUACAUGUUGCAAGCUUUGGAAUGGAUGAAAUGCCAAAGCCUCGAGGAACAGGGACAUACUUUCCUAAUCCCAAUGCGAACCAUUACUGGGAUAGAUCCUUGACAUCAAGGGGACGGAACCCUGCACCAACAAGGUCUCCUCGUAACAAUGGCCAUUCCAUUACACCCUUAGAAACAAGUUCACCAGAGAGAAGCAGCCAUGAGCUAGCACAGGUGCUGUCAGUAAAUCAAGGUGGUAAAAAAUUUGGGUCCUCGGAGUUUCGCCAUUCUAGUUCUAAAAGAGUGUUAUCCCGUAGUGCCAGUGGCCCAAUACAUCAGCCAGACAGGGUUGUAGAAUUUGGGUCAAUUGGGCCCCUACCGUUGGGUUCAGGCUCUCCGGAAAGCAGCAAACAACAAAAUCCAGGUUCUCCUUAUGCUCAAAAUUCAAGUCAUCCACAAAUAGGAAUGCCAAGGCCAAAAUCAGCUAUGAGCAUCAAUCAGAACAGGGUACUUGCACAAUCAUUCCAUUUAAAGAAUGAAGAAGAUUUCCCACCUUUAUCCAUCUGACCGCUAUUGAAAAACACAAGUUAACACUAACAAAGGGGGCAGGAAACCAGCCUGAGGUUGAGCAAUCAGCUUGUGCGAGUACAUGGUUACUUUGAAUGCCAUUUCCAAAGCUCUUUUUUGUAUGGAGUUUGAUUAUCAUUGGUAAUAUUUUUCUGUGGUUGGAAAGGUAGCAUUUUGUACAUUCUCACUGAUUUUAUUUCAGGUUUAAUCGUCCUCGUCGUUGUAGCCGAUGUACUUUAUAUAGUGAGCUGUUAACGUAUAGGAUUUGUGUAAUUAUGCCAUUGUUUUGAGUUUAAUUUCUUGUCCCAGGUUUUGUAAUGUCUAAUCCUGCUACUGUAAACACAGAUAGAUACGGUU